AUGGCGUCGAGAAAAAAGGUCCUUUUGAAGGUCAUCAUACUUGGCGAUAGUGGUGUCGGAAAGACGAGCUUGAUGAAUCAAUAUGUCAACAAGAAAUUUAGUGCUAGUUACAAAGCAACGAUUGGAGCAGACUUCUUAACGAAAGAGGUGCUGGUUGACGAUCGCCUGGUGACGAUGCAGCUAUGGGAUACCGCAGGGCAAGAACGAUUUCAAUCAUUAGGUGUUGCAUUCUAUCGAGGAGCUGACUGCUGCGUUCUGGUCUACGACGUCAACAAUUCUAAGUCUUUCGAGACACUGGAUGCAUGGCGAGAUGAAUUUCUCAUACAAGCAAGCCCAAGGGAACCCGAUAACUUCCCUUUCGUUGUUAUCGGGAACAAGAUCGAUGUCGAAGAAAACAAAAGGGCGAUAUCAAAUAGGCGGGCAAUGACGUUCUGCCAAUCGAAAGGUAAUAUACCGUAUUUUGAGACGAGCGCCAAGGAGGCACUGAAUGUAGAGCAAGCAUUUGAAGUCAUUGCAAAGAAUGCACUAGCUCAAGAAGAAUCUGAAGAAUUCAGUGGUGACUUUUCCGAUCCUAUUGAUAUCAAUCUCGACAGGGGAGGCGAUGGAUGUGCCUGUUGA